AUGAUCAACGUGGAACCUCCUGUACCUGGUGCUGUACGAAUAACAUUACAAGCACCACCUAACUUUACCAUCCCUUCUUAUUGUAUUGGAGGAAGAUAUCCUUGCGUUUUUUGGAACGCAGAUGCAAUUCGGUUCCCUGAUGACGGAGCCGGUGUUGCUUUUUUUACCACAAGAGUAAGCUCGACAAAUUUUGCUCCGCCACUAGGUUGUGACUUCUCAAAAGCUCAAUCACCGUCAGAUCGAUGCUUUUUUGAUCCAAAUUCUCCAAAUGUUCGUAGUACUACAUUUUUACCAAUGUCUUUUAUCGGUGAUAUUGAAGAUUAUACAGUGAUGAUAGAGCAUUCAAUAAGAGGAAAGAUUACAUCCAUUGCAAUUCGUAAUGGUUUAUUAGAAGGUCAACUUUUGUCUCAUAAUGGUUCAGUAAUUAGAACCAUAACUAAUGCUACAAGAAUGGCUCUUAAUCCUCGUGCUGAUGGUGAUAUUUUCACUAUUAAAGAACUUCUUUCAGCUGCUGGUGCAAAUUUAGAUUCUCCUUCAUCGGCUCCUGGAGCUAAUAAAACUGCGCAUGAAAGUUACAGGAAUUCUGGAAUAGUUAUUGUUAUUGUGAUCGAAUACAAAAAUGAUGGUAAAGACAUAGAUUAUAAAUAUAUACCUCAAGUCAUUGACGGAAAUGAGUAUAAAGCAAUUGAACGAAUUUAUAAUAGUACUGAUGGCUCGAUUACAUUGAAAACCGCUGAAUUUCUAGUAGAAUUUCUUAUGUUAUGGGUCCUUCCUGAAAAAGAAUUUUACGGUAUUGCAAAAUUUCAGGAAACUGAUAGCUUUGAUGAAUGGCGUAAAAAUAAAAAACAAUUAGAAAAACAACGUUCUACCGAUCCUAAUGUCACUAAUGUUAAUAGAAUUGAUUUUUAUGACAAUGUUAAUACUGCUGGUACUUCUAAUACAAAUAAUCGUGGUGUAAAUAUUGGUGGUUAUUACGGCAUUAAUAGUGCAAAUUACAAUGACAAUAGUGGAAAUAAUGGUUGCUAUUAUAGCAACUAUGCCAAUAUUGGUGGUUAUUACAAUCCUCAACAAAUACAUUUACAAAUAAAUCCAUACAUUAGCAUGUAA